AUGACCAGUGAUGGCGCGCGCGAGGGCAGCUGCCUCAAGCUCUGCUUCGUCAUGGCCACGAUUCGGGCUGUCAAGAGGUGUACUAACGAAUCUUCUCCUAGAGCAUCAUCCCCCGUCAACACCCCCAGCACGGGCGUGAGCACCGGUCGCCCCUCCUCCCCCCCUCCUCCCGGCGGCGCACGAACUGCCAUCCGACGACGAGCCGCUGCCGACCAGAAGGAGAAGAUCGCCAAUGUCCGUCCCAGCAGCACAAGAGCCGCCGGCGCCGGUGGUAGCACCAGCACGAUGCUGCGCCUCUACACCGACGAGUCCCCUGGUCUGAAGGUUGACCCCGUCGUUGUUCUUGUUCUGUCUUUGGUCUUCAUUUUCAGCGUUGUCGCUUUACACAUCAUCGCCAAGAUCACGCGAAAGUUUUCCACCUAA